AUGCUGCGGGAACGAAACACCCUCGAUAUGGCAGCAGGUCGUGAGCCAACUUAUCCCACUAAUAAUGUCAUCUGUGCCCGCAUGCAGUCUUCUCAUCGUGAAUACAAUGCUUGGCAUUCUGCAAUUCAGUCUUUCUUCAUGGCGAUCGCCUAUUCAGCAGCGAAAGACUUGUGGGUCAAAGAGGAUCUCUGCAUAGCUAUCGCGGAAACAUACCAACGAUUUGGCGAGACGCUUUAG